AUGGCUGAACCUGCUCCUAGACCAAGCUUGUUCACCCCAGCAAGCACACUUGCAGCUACAUCUGCUCAGAAGGCGACACAUAUUCAAUACCAGGAUGUAACGUUCCGCAACUGGUACAAGAAGAUCAACUGGCUCAAUACGACCCUCGUCGUCCUCAUCCCUAUCUACGGCCUCUAUCUCGCCAAGCACACGCCCCUCCGCGGCGCAACACUCGUCUGGAGCAUCAUCUACUACGUCUGCACUGGCUUUGGUAUCACAGGAGGCUAUCACCGUCUGUGGUCGCACCGCUGCUACUCUGCACGUCUCCCUCUCCGUCUCUUCCUCGCCUUCGUCGGCGCUGGCGCUAUCCAGGGCAGCAUCCGGUGGUGGAGCGCGAACCACCGUGCCCACCACCGCUGGACCGACACUAUGAAAGAUCCCUAUUCCGUCAUGCGCGGCCUCAUCUUCAGCCACAUUGGGUGGAUGGUGCUGAACAACGACCCCAAAGUCAAAGGACGCACCGACGUCUCAGAUUUAGACUCGGACUGGGUCGUGGUCUGGCAGCACAAGCACUACGGCAAAUGCCUCCUCUUCACAGCAUGGGUGUUUCCCUGCCUCGUUGCCGGCCUGGGAUGGGGAGACUGGUGGGGCGGGCUUGUAUACGCAGGCAUCGUGCGCGCAUGCUUUGUCCAGCAAGCGACCUUCUGUGUCAACAGCCUCGCACACUGGAUCGGCGAGCAGCCCUUCGACGACCGCCGCUCGCCGCGCGAUCACGUCCUCACCGCGCUCGUCACCAUGGGCGAAGGCUACCACAACUUCCACCACGAGUUCCCGAGCGACUACCGCAACGCCAUCAUCUGGUACCAGUGGGACCCGACAAAGUGGCUCAUCUUCGCCUUCUCCCAGCUCCGCAUCCCGCUUGGCAGGCUGCAGCAGCAGCAGAAGGCGCUGGACCGCAAGCGCGCGACCCUCGACUGGGGCGCUCCGCUCGCCCAGCUCCCUGUCGUCGCCUGGGACGAGUUCAAGACGCGGUGUGCGCAGGGCGCCAGUCUGGUCGCUGUAGCCGGCGUGAUCCACGAUGUGCAGAGCUUCAUCGCCGAUCAUCCCGGUGGCAAGGCGCUGGUGGCGAGCGCGGUUGGCAGAGACGCGACGGCGCUGUUCAACGGCGGCGUGUACGAGCACAGCAACGCGGCGCACAAUUUGCUCUCGACUAUGCGCGUCGGGAUCCUCCGGGGCGGGCAGGAGGUGGAGGUGUGGAAGAGCGGUAGGAGUCGAUUGGAGAAGGACAGCAAGGGGUUUGUGGUUGUGAGGGCUGGUGAACAGAUGACUAGGGUUGGGGAGCCAGUUGCGGCUGCUUUGGCUGCGUAG